AGCGAUGAGAAUUUAAUCUAGUUGAUAUAUAUGAUCCUUUGGUAGCUGAGUAUUCGCCACUGAAAAAAAAAAAUGAAAGUAAUUUUUUUAAUUUUCGGAGUGGUUUCUAUGUCCCAGCCGUUUCCGAGGGCAGGAAAUUAUUUCAUCCACCCGAAUCAAAUGACCUACAGUUCCAUUCCACCUAGGGUUCGAAUAAUAGGAGGACAAGAUGCAGCGCCACAUGCUUAUCCUUACCAAGUCGGAAUGUACUUGACCAAAGGGAUUUCACAAGAGUUCUGUGGUGGAUCAAUCAUAUCUUCGAACUAUGUUCUAACAGCCGCACACUGUCUUGAUAAAGCGAGUAAGGCGACCUUGAUAUUUGGUGCGCAUAAUAUCAAAGAAGACGAGGCUACCCAAGUUCGUGUCACUAUCACUGACGUUACUCAGUUUAUCAUCCACCCAGGAUGGAACGCUGCUUCAUUAACGAAUGAUAUUGCGCUUGUGAAACUACUUGGAGCAAUAAAGGAAAGCAACGUUAUCAAAUUCGUCAAACUCGCUUCUGGCAGUGACACGUUUGCUGGAAGCAAAGGCAUCGUGACAGGUUGGGGAGUGACUUUCAACAGUCAGAAAGGUGUGACUCCGGUACUCAAGUAUGUCACCAGUACUAUUUUGACCAAUGAAGAUUGCAAAAAUGUGAAUGCUGACUAUAAGAAGGUCGUCAAAUCUACUAUUAUGUGCUUCUCAGGUAAAGGUACAGUUGGAACCUGCCAAGGCGAUUCUGGAGGUCCUGUUUUGGUGGAUGGUGUCCAAGUCGGAAUUGUUUCGUUUGGCGCUUCUGAUUGUUCAGCUGGACUUCCUUCGGUAUUCACGAGACUCACAGAAUACAAAAAUUGGAUUAUCAGUAACUCUGACGUGAAAUAUUGAGGAAUUUGUUCUUCUUGUAACUUGUGUAUAGUCCGUAAUCAUGAGAACUUGCUUAGAUUUGUUUUAAUUUUUUUCCAGAUAGCAAAUCUUUAUAUUCUGUUUCAUUGCCUGAUAGUGAAGUUUUUACUGAAAAGAUAUUGCAACCUUGAUGAAUUUGGAAUAAAUGAAAUGUUCUUUCUUAGUUGCAUUCAGUAUCGUUAGGAUAUAGGUCAUAUUUGGUUUCACUAAAAAUCACACAACAUUGUUUUCCUUUCUGGCUGAAAUUUUUGAGAACAUUUUAGAGUACCUACAUAAUAGAAAUUUUUUUGAGUAUAUUCGAAAUUGUUUCCAAUACACAAUUUGGUUUCAAGUAGAAUGUAUCUACCCAAUAUGCAAUUUGUCACUUCAGUGACAGAUAAAACAUUGUCAACUGUAGUAAAAUUUGUGGAUUCAUCGAAAGUUUUUGAUAGUGUCACAUAAAUUACUAUAAAGGAAUUAGAAACUAUAUCAUUCCAAGAAACUUUUCUGAAUCAUCUAGACUGUAGAACUCAACAUUUCAAUAUAACUCUGAGUCAACCAAACAUUUUUGAAUAUAGAAUACUCCAAGGAACUAUAUUAGGCCCACUUUCAUUUUAUAUUCAUAUAGAUGACUUUUUCUCAAUGAAAAUCGUAUAGAAUAUAUCGUACUAUCAUAAUAUACCAAACAGAUACCUGAAACCAGGAUUGAUUUAAUUCAAUAUGAUAAUUCCA